ACGCGGUAGCUCCUCACUUCCUGGUUGAAGAUGGCGGAUGAGAAUGAGACAGCACCGAUGCCGGAGAAAGAAGAUGUAGAGGACCACGGACACUGCAGCGACUGUGAAAACGAAGAGCACCACUCUGACGAUGGUGACAGGGGUCUGGGUGACGACACUGGUGCCAAGAAGAAGAAAAAGAAGCAGAAGAAGAAGAAGAAAUCUGCUGCCACAGAAGCUGCUCAGGACCCCCUUGCCAAGGUGAAUUCAUUGCCAGCUGAUAAGCUACAGGAGAUCCAAAAGGCCAUUGAACUAUUCUCUGUAGGCCAAGGCCCUGCCAAAACCAUGGAGGAGGCAACUCGGAGGAGUUACCAGUUCUGGGACACGCAGCCUGUGCCCAAGCUAGGGGAGACCGUGACAUCACAUGGCUCCAUUGAACCUGACAAAGACAACAUUCGUGAGGAGCCCUACAGCCUCCCGCAGGGCUUCAGCUGGGACACUCUCGACUUGGGGAAUGCUGGUGUGCUCAAGGAGCUUUACACCCUUCUCAACGAGAAUUAUGUUGAAGAUGACGACAACAUGUUCCGAUUUGACUACUCCCCCGAGUUCCUCCUCUGGGCCCUGCGGCCCCCCGGCUGGUUGUCCCAGUGGCAUUGUGGGGUGAGGGUGAACUCCAACCAGAAGCUGGUAGGCUUCAUCAGUGCCAUUCCUGCUUCCAUCUACAUCUAUGACAUAGAAAAGAAAAUGGUAGAGAUCAAUUUCCUGUGUGUCCACAAGAAGCUUCGCUCCAAACGAGUUGCUCCGGUUCUGAUAAGAGAAAUCACCAGACGGGUCAACCUGCAGGGCAUCUUCCAGGCAGUUUACACUGCCGGAGUGGUACUGCCCAAACCUGUGGGCACAUGCAGGUACUGGCAUCGCUCUUUGAACCCACGCAAACUAAUCGAGGUGAAGUUCUCCCACCUGAGCAGGAACAUGACAAUGCAGCGCACCAUGAAGUUGUACCGUCUGCCUGACACUCCUAAGACUUCAGGUCUGCGGACGAUGACCAAGAAGGAUGUCCCACUUGUGCAUCGCCUGCUCCGCGAGUACCUGAGCCAGUUCAACCUGGUGCCCGCCAUGAACCAGGAAGAGGUAGAACAUUGGCUGCUACCCCGGGAGAAUAUUAUCGACACUUACCUGGUGGAGAACGAUGGCAAGGUAACAGAUUUCCUGAGUUUCUACACACUGCCCUCGACCAUUAUGAACCACCCUGUGCACCGCAGUCUAAAAGCAGCGUACUCUUUCUACAACGUGCACACCACCACCACCCUGCUUGACCUGAUGUCUGACGCCCUCAUCCUGGCCAAAUCGAAAGGGUUUGAUGUCUUCAAUGCACUGGAUCUAAUGGAAAACAAGACUUUCUUGGAGAAGCUUAAGUUCGGCAUCGGUGAUGGAAAUUUACAGUAUUAUCUGUACAAUUGGAAGUGUCCCAGCAUGGGCUCCGAAAAGGUUGGGUUGGUACUGCAGUGACAUCCCUUUACGCCAUAAAAGUGUCACCAAUAGGCCAGGAGACGACACCACCGCACUGACCACCUGACAGAUGGACUGAUGACUUCCUGCUUCAGGAAAGGAAAACCCACCGCCCAUUUUUACUUUUUGACCUUUUGAACUUUGACCUGCACUACCGCUGCCAGGCAGGGAGGCAGGGAGAGCCUUGCUGCUCUUUCUCCUCCCUCGAUCACAUGGACCUUAAGCCAUUGUUACCAUCUCAAACAACUGUAUUUAAUCUGAGAGCUGUCUUGAUUCUACCAAACACGCAUACACACAAGAACAGUUUGCACAGAUUACUGUAUAUCAAACACUCACUCUUGGCAUACCUACGGAACAUACAGUACAUGUAAAUAAUAUCAAACAUUACUUCGGAUUAUGCCCUAACACAUGCAGACUAGAACCUAAUGUUCUGUUUGAUUCCUAAACGUUGGAAGUGCUUUUUGCAAUUAAAAUAAAUCUGUCAUCCGUAAGUUUUAGAAAUAAAUAAAUAAAUCAAAAUGAUGAAAAAAUAUUUUAAAGAGGAAAUGGUUAAAAAUGCGAGGUAAUAAAUACCAAAAGUGGACACCAGAUAAGGGCUUCUGUUAAAAUGUUUCUUGUCAUGCUUGACCCUGUCUUUUAAAAAAAAAAAAAAAAAAAAAAAAAAUCAUUA